UGUAAUACAUGAGUGUUGUACUAAUAUAUACUCAUUAAAUGAGAAAAUUUCUACCUGAACUGAUGAAAGCACGUUUAUCUAUCUACUUCAUCUAACUUCAUCUAUUCCUUCCACAUUUUUUUCACACGCAGAACACGAGUCAAAAGGCCCAUCGACUCCAAUGGCUGCCGCGUCAUCUUCCACCUUCACAACGCCGCUGAGCAUAAACCCCAUAUCAGCAAGAAAAUUGUCCUCUCUCUCCUCCUCCAACUCAGUAUUCUUCAGCUAUAACAUCACUAAUCGUGCCGGACUCGGACUCGCGGUGGAUCACAACAGGAGAGCUAAGAAAAGGGGUUUCUCCUGCAAGUGCCUAUUCGGGCUCGGGGUUCCCGAGCUCGUCGUCAUCGCGGGCGUGGCCGCGCUCGUUUUCGGUCCGAAGAAGUUGCCGGAGGUGGGCCGUAGUAUUGGCAAGACGGUCAAGAGUUUCCAGCAGUCUUUCUACUUUCUGAGAUUUGAAGAUGCCCUAGUGGUUAGAUUUGUGUUUCUGUAUUUUAACAAUGGCAUAACCAAGAAGCAACAGGAAAUCGAAUACCUCACGCCUGUUAGAAGAUUAUGUAGGGAAAUGAACUCACUCACCACACCUAUUAGAGCUGUAUUCAGCUGGUGGAAUAUGGAAUGGGCUGCAAACGAACAGUGCAGCUCGCGAGCGCUCGAGUCAAAGCUCGACUGGAGCUCGAGUUUGACCGAACUCGAGCCAAGCUCGAGCGGCUCGAGCAUUUAUCGAGUCGAUCCCGAGCAUAGGUUUUGGAAGGCGGCAAAAGAAUUCGAGACGGAGCUGAAGAAGGAUGGAGAGUCGUCUGAAGAGCUGUCCGGUGAGAGGAUUACAACUGCCGUUGAGGAAAAGCAGCAAAAAGUUCAAGUUUCCGGCGUGAAAGAGACUUCUUAAAUUUCCAUAAAAUGUCUUGUAAGGUCUUUGUAUUUUGAAGUUGUUUGUAGCUACUUGUUUUUGUAUGUGUACCAAAAUUUCUCGGUACCAAUUUGGCUAUGAGUGCGUGACUAUCAGUGGUUGAUUAUUAUACCGUGGUUGAUUAUUAUACCAUUUUUCCUCAUUUGUUUUUUGUCAUAAGAUAAAGUGGACACCUUGGGUUUAAGGCGCCUUUAAAAUUUUUGAGCUAUCCGUACAGAUCAUCCAUGCUUUGUAUUAAAAGUCUUGAAUGAUACAAAUAAAACAAUUAACAAUCGUUAAAAGUCAUUUCAAUUUCAAAGAAA